GAACUCGUUCCAUCUCUAAUAGCAACCGCGUGCGAUUCGCAAUCGGAAUCUUGUCCAGCUUGUCCAGCAAACAGAGGGAAUGCAGCGCCAGAAACCCAAGGGACCGGGCAAGCCGGGUCCGCGCUUCAAGCCGGGAGCGGGCAGAGCCAAGGGAGCACCCGGUGGUGGCGGCGCCAACAAACUGAAGCGUCCGCGCCAGGAGUUCAACAAGUCCAAAGUGGCCGCCACCGAUGCGGAGAUCCGGGAGCUGCAGGCCAAGUACGCGGAGAUCGAUGCGCCGUCGAUCAAGAAGUUCGCCCAGUUUCCGCUGUCCAAGAAGACGCUAAAAGCGCUUUCCGAAUCCAAGUUCCUGCAUCCCACGCAGGUGCAGCGCGACAGCAUUGGACCCGCCCUGCUGGGCAAGGAUGUGCUGGGUGCGGCGGUCACGGGCAGCGGCAAGACACUGGCCUUUCUCAUACCCGUUUUGGAGCACCUGUUUGUAAACAAAUGGUCGCGCAGCGAUGGCGUGGGCGCCAUCAUCAUCUCGCCCACCCGCGAGCUGGCCUACCAGAUCUUCGAGACGCUAAAGAAGGUGGGCAAGCACCACGACUUCUCCGCCGGCUUAAUUAUUGGCGGCAAGAACCUGAAAUUCGAGCGAACGCGCAUGGAUCAGUGCAACAUACUCAUUUGCACACCCGGCCGCCUGCUGCAGCACAUGGACGAGAAUCCGCUGUUCAACACGAGCACCAUGGAGGUGCUGGUUCUGGACGAGGCCGAUCGGUGUUUGGACAUGGGCUUCCAGAAGACCUUGAACUCGAUAAUUGAGAAUUUCCCGCCCGUGCGGCAAACGCUGCUCUUCUCGGCCACGCAAACGAAUACGGUGCAGGAUUUGGCGCGGCUUAAUCUUAAAGAACCGGUCUAUGUGGGCUACGGAGCAACGACGCCUAGCGAAGGAGAAGCUUCCACUUCCAAAGCGACGCCCAACGGAGCUAUUUUGGCCCUCCCCGAGCUGCUGCAGCAGAGCUAUGUAGUGCUCAACCUGGAGGACAAGAUCACCAUGCUGUGGUCGUUCAUCAAGAACCAUCUGAAGCAGAAGAUCAUUGUGUUCGUUUCCAGCUGCAAGCAGGCCAAGUAUCUCUACGAGAUCUUCUGCAAAUUGCGUCCCGGCAGCCCGCUGUUGGCUUUGUAUGGCACCCUCCAUCAGGAUCGUCGCAUCGCCAUCUACGAGGAUUUUCUGCGCAAGAGCCACGUGGUCAUGUUCUCCACGGAUGUCGCUUCGCGUGGCCUCGACUUUCCGGCCGUCAAUUGGGUGGUGCAGUUGGAUUGCCCCGAGGAUGUCUCACAGUAUAUCCAUCGAGCGGGUCGUUCGGCGCGCAACAAGACGCGUGGCGAGUGUCUUUUGGUUCUGACGCCCAGCGAGGAGGAAUACAUGAUUGGCGCCCUCAAGGAUCAGCUGAAUAUCAACAUACGUUGCGUGCAAAUCGAUCCGAAGAAACUUUUCUCGCCGCGCGUCAAAAUCGAGGCCUUCCUGGCCCAAUUUCCCGAGCUGCGGGCCACCGCCCAGCGUGCCUUUGUCUCGUACAUCAAGUCGGUGUUCCUGCAGCGCAACAAGCGAUUGUUCAAUGUUUUUAACCUCGAUCUGGAUGCCUUUGCUCAGUCGCUCGGUUUGGCGGUCACGCCGCGCGUUCCCUUCCUCGAAAAGUUCCUCUGGCGGCAGAAGCAGCUGCAGCAGCAGAAGGAAAGCGAAAAGGGCGUUGAAAAUCCCGUUCCCGUUCUCAGCAAGCUGACCAAACAACAGAGCUUUGGCGGCGGCUCCGACGAGGAUACAGAUGACAGCGAUGACGAGGACUUUAUCAAGGUGAAGCGCAGGGAUCACGAUGUCGAAGGGGAGCCAGUGCAGCUGGAGGAGAUCGACGAGAAAAAGGAGGAGGACGAGGACCCACUGGUGGUGCCCAAGCGCGAGAAGCUGGUCACCAAGGCCUCGCUGGCCAAGAAGGCGCUGAAGAAGAACCUGCAGGUCAACUCGAAGCUCAAGUUCGACGAAGAGGGCGAAACGCUGGCCGAUGAUCGCAGUCAAAUGAAGGCACUGAGUGCCAGAAACCGCACAGAGAAUCAGGACCAGAACGACGACGACGAUGGAGGCAUCAAUCUGGUGCUAUCGAAGGCACUGCUGACCGAGGAGGAUCAGUACGACAAGCAGCGAUUUAGGGAGCUGGUCAAAAAGCGACACAAACUGCAGCGCGACAAGCUGCGCAAGAAAACGGAGGAAGCCAAGGGAAGUGACGAGGAGGAGGAGGAGGAGGCUGCUGCUGAAAAUCCCGAAGAUGCUGACAGCGACAGUGACCAUUCGGUGGACCUCUCCUGGCUCCCCGAUCCCGACAAGAUCUACAAAAAUAAGGAUCGAAGUGCAGUUGCGCAUUCACAGCCUGAAUCGGAAUCAGGCGAUGCCACCGACGAUGAUGGGAAAACGGACGACGAUGAAGACGACUCCGAUGAUGAGCCCGCCUACAAAAAGUCCAAGCUAACGAAUAAGAUGACUCUGAUGGACACGGAGGCCAUUGCGGCCAGUCUUUUGGGUAGCUAAGUAAGGGGCUCGACUGUGUGAAUAAAUUAAUGCCAAUUAUUUUUUAAAUAAU